GAGUGGUGGGGGAGUCUACAUGUGACGUCAUCACUUCGGCUGUUUCCGGAGCGGUUCGUGUAGGUUCGGCUCCUUGAAACAGGGCCGCUAUUUUAUCCAGUCUUGAAGACUUGUACGCGAUCAUUCAUCGUAAAAGAGAAAACAAUUAGACAAUUAGAGAGACAAUUAGACGUGAUCUGGCCGUAUUGCCUUCGCUUGGCGCUUGUGUAUUCUAAGGAGGCAGGAGCAAUUAACUAAGAAGAAGAAAAACGCGAUCAUUCACGGCAAUUUCGAUUACAGGAAAGAGGACGGCAUCGGUCGACUUUUUUCAGGUCAUUUUCAUGUUUCUCUGAUAGUAUUAUUGACGGUAUUGAUAUUGACACACGCAAUCACAAAAUGUCCAACAUGUUUAAUUUAUAUGCUGAGUCUGAUAAAGGUCAAACAAAGUCUAUGACACCAUCUAAAACAUCUCAGGAAAUUAGAUUAAAUCCUUCUAAGACAAUGGGAGGCACAAAACCAAAAGGACUAUCUAUAAGAUCUAAUUCUGAUAUGAAUAUACCUAGCGUAUAUUCGGCUAAAAAGAAUACACACGUUAAAGAACAUGAUUCAAAAUUGAAAAUGACACAAAUAGAUAUUCAGGGACGUCCGAUAUCUCCAGGAAAGAGGAUAGAAGAAAGGAAACAAAUUGGACAGUCUAAUAAAACUUCAAAAAAACCAUUAAAUGAUGUUUUUAAGAAGCCAUUGCUGCCUAAGAAGAAUAUCAAAAGGCUUCCACAAAUGGAAAAAUUGGCAUACUGGCAUGAUGACCAAUAUGAUUUUGAUUAUCGAUACAUUGAUACUGUAGAAAAAGAAUUUAAAGAUCUAUUCUCCAAGAGGAAAGAAAACAUGAAACCUGACAAACAGAGUGUACUUGUAUCAGAUCCGGAAACUUUACUUUUGUCAAAUAUGGAGAAGCUUAUUCCUGAUAGAACUUUUGAUGAGGAACACAUGAAAUAUUUAUCUCCUAACUUACUCCAAGUAUCUGAUAUAUCUGAUGAUGAAAUUCGUAAUGAUAACUAAUAAUAAGAAUUAUUUUAAUAUUGUAAUUUCAUAAUUUCUUUUGUAAAAAUAUGGACCGAACUAUUAUAAUUUAUUUUCUGCGAUUAGUAUAUAUUUUUAUGAAUGGGGCGACAGUAUUAGCACUUUGUGUCAUCCUAUUCUUGUUUUAAUCUAAUAAACAAUGAAAAUAGAAUGAUAUAAAUAGUGCUGAUAGUGUCUCUCCAA